UAUUACCCAGUAUUAUUAUGAUCAAAUUGUGUUGCUUAAAUCCGAAAACGCGAAGCUUCGUGCCGAAGUAGAUCGGCUAUCCAUCAAGAGUAAUGCCAACGAGCAAUAUUCAAGAAAGUAUAACCUGCGUCUCGGAGGGAUAAAGGAAGAGCCCAGUGAAGAUUGUUAUCAAGCGGUAUCAAUUUUUUUUCAAAAUGAAAUUGGUAUUUCAAUCAAUGAUGCCGAAAUACACCGAGCGCAUCGCGUUGGUAGACCAGGUGGCUUCAACCCUCGUGAGAUGAUAGUCAAAUUUAAAGGCUACCGCGCUAAACAAGAAGUAUUAAAGAAUCGUCGAAAUCUAAAAGGAAAGAAAGGUAUCUACGUAAGAGAAGAUUUAACUGCAUAUAAUCUCGAGCUAGUUCGCUAUGCUCGAGACACAGAGUAUGUUUCAUCCUGCUGGGCAAAUGAUGGUGAAAUAUUUGUGAAGUUAUAUAACUGUUCAAUACAUGUAGUUUGCAGCAAAGAUGAUUUAUUGAAUAUCAAGCCUGUUGAUUGA